AUGCCGGGAGAGGUGCUGAGGUCCGGUGCAGAGGACCCAGGCCCAGGGGACAAGGCGCUGCCCUCAGGAGGGGUGCAGUCAGGACAGUGUGGGGGCCCGGCUCACCCAGCCCUGCUUCCCUACCAGCCCUUCGGCAGCACCUGUCGAGGCGUCAGCAGCUCAGGAGGGAACCAGUGGGUCAGCGCCCUGGGCUGCGAUAACCAUCCGCUGCUGCAGGCCUCGCUGCCCAGAGUAGCGAGGGGUCGUCCCGGACGCCGCCUGGGUGGGGAGACGGCCCGGAGGCGCGCGUGGCAGGAUCACCGGGUGCUCCCAGCAGGCUCGAGCGUUCUGGGCUGGGGCUCAGGGGGCCACACCAGGAACGUCAAACCGCUGACCAAGUCCAUCCCCACCCUGGUGAGCUGGUCCUGGCAGUCCUGGGCUGUCAUGGAGCGUGUGCAGGGGAGCGAGAGGUGUGGAGGCCCCGGGAUCAUGAAUAACAGCAACUGCAGCUCCUGGGAGUCCCCAGCGGUUGAGCAAGUCUUUCUCACCUACACGGGCGGACUCCUGGCGCUUGGCCUGCUGCUCAACGGCCUGGCGCUCUGGGUGUUAUGCUGGCGCCUGCCGCGCUGGACGGAGACCCGCAUCUACAUGGCCAACCUGGCUGUGGCCGACCUCUGCCUGCUCUGUGCCCUGCCCUUCUUCCUGCGCUUCCGGAAGACCUCUCAGGACACGCCGCUCUGCCAGCUCUCCCAGGCCGCCUUCCUGCUCAACAGGUACAUGAGCAUCAGCCUGGUCAUGGCCAUCGCCGUGGACCGCUACUUGGCCGUGCGGCACCCCCUGCACGCCCGCGGGCUCCGCUCUCCGGGCCAGGCUGCGGCCGUGUGCGCCGCGCUCUGGGUGGUGGUCCUCGGCUCCCUGGCGCUCCACUGGUUCCUGGACGUGCAGGACGGUGGCUUCUGCUUCGCCGUCCGCUCCAGGCGGAACACCUACACCGCGGUCUUCCCACUGCUGGGCUUCUACCUGCCGCUGGCCGUGCUGGUCUUCUGCUCUCUGCAGGUGGUGACCGCCCUGACCCAGAGGCCCGAGGCUAACCCGGGCCAGGCGGAAGCCACACGGAAAGCCUCUCGCAUGGUCCUGGCGAACCUGGUUAUCUUCGUGGUCUGCUUUCUGCCCUUCCACAUGGUGCUGACCAUGCGCGUGGCCCUGGGCCUGGAGACCUGUGCCAUUAAGAUGGCCAUCAAGAUCACUAGCAGACUCUCAGAUGCCAACUGCUGCCUGGACGCCAUCUGCUACUACUUCAUGGCCAAGGAGUUCCAGGAGGCGUCUGUGUCAACCACAUCCCCCAGAGUCAAGGCCCACAAGAGCAAGGACACUCUGACUGUGACCCUGACCUAGGAGAUGAGCCAUGGGCCCCCCUGCUGGGGGGACCAGUGACCAGAGACAAGGAGCCCCACGAUCUGCCCUGAACUCGCUGUGGGCCGUGGGCUGGGGGCACUCUCAGGAGGCUCAACUCAGCAGGACAACCUGGGCAUGGAGCCUGGGGAGGCAACACCCCCACCCCUGGGGCAGAAGCGGAAC